GGCUGACCGCGGACCCCGGGAGGCCUGGGCUGGCAGUGUUAUUUAAUGCUCCUGCUUCCUGUUUUCCCCACAACAACAACAACCCUGUGAGAUUACCAAUUUCUCAUGUUUUCACAAUGAGACAGGCCUGGGGUCAUUUCUUCCCUACACCUUGUAGUUGAUAGUUUUAGAUGUCGAGACAAUGCUGGCUUAGAUAUGGCAGAUAGCGUCAAGAUCUUCCUUAAUGAUCUUAUCAGGGGAAUUAAAGAUUCCAUAUGGGGGAUCUGCACAAUCUCCAAGCUGGAUGCUCGGAUCCAGCAGAAAAGGGAAGAGCAGCGGAAAAGAAGAGCAACUAGUGUACUUGCCCAACGAAGAGCACAAAGCGAAGAGAGGAAGCAAGAGAAUGAACCCCGGAUAGUAAGCCGAAUACUUCAGUGUUGUGCAUGGAAUGGAGGUGUAUUUUGGCUUAGCCUCCUCUUGUUCUAUCGGGUAUUCAUCCCUCUGCUUCAGUCAGCAACAGCACAUGUAAUUGGUGACCCAUCAUUACACGGUGAUGUCUGGUCUUGGCUGGAAUUUAUUCUCACCUCUGUCUUCAGUGCCCUUUGGGUCCUCCCCCUCUUUGUGCUCAGUAAAGUGGUCAAUGCCAUUUGGUUUCAGGACAUUGCUGAUCUGGCAUUUGAGGUGUCAGGAAGGAAGCCGCAGCCUUUCCCCAGUGUCAGUAAAAUCAUUGCCGACAUGUUGUUUAACCUCUUAUUGCAAGCUCUCUUUCUCAUCCAGGGGAUGAUUGUGAGCCUGUUUCCUAUUGAUAUCAUUGGGCAGUUAAUUAGUCUGCUUCAUAUGUCGCUGCUUUACUCACUGUAUUGCUUUGAAUACCGUUGGUUUAAUAAAGGAAUUGAAAUGCAUCAACGAUUAUCCAACAUUGAAAGGAACUGGCCUUAUUACUUUGGAUUUGGGUUACCACUGGCCUUUCUCACUGCAAUGCAGUCUUCUUACAUUAUCAGCGGCUGCUUGUUCUCCAUUCUUUUCCCUCUAUUUAUUAUCAGCGCCAACGAAUCCAAGGCACCAGGAAGAGCAUACCACUUCCAGCUACGCCUCUUUUCCUUGGUCGUCUUCCUUAGCAAUAAGCUAUUUCAUAAGACGGUUUAUUUUCAAUCCAACCAGAGCAGCUCUUCAUCUGCUGAUCGACUGCCCUCACCACGCUCCUCCCCUGCUCGACUGGCACACUAAACCCCAAAGCAGGGAGGAGGGGAAAGAAGAGAACCCUUCAGACAAUACGUUGUUUCUGUCAUUCUGAGGAGGGAAGGAAACGGUCUGCUGGGGGAGGGUUGGGGGUGAGGGGCUUGUGCAUUUUCCCUUGUGAUCUCCCUUUUAAGCCCCUGUUGGACAUUGGUUUGCAUCUCACCCAGUGAUAGAAUGGAAUACUUUGGGUGGGUGGGUGGGUGGGUGGGUGGGCGAGUGGGUGGGAGGACCCUGGGUUUUUAACACUUUGUGAGUUUAUUUCAGAAGCCAGGUUCUUUGCUUGUUUUUAUAGUGUGUAAUGGGCCUGUUUCUGUGCACUUUUUUGUAUAUUUCCUUACCUCCCCCCCAUUUCCCAGGAUGAAUGGUUUUUGUAAUGCAUAUUGUCUUGCCUUUCUGAUGCUGAUGGGGUCUUUACCACAAGGGUUGGAUUUUUCUCAAUGAUUGCAGUUCUUUAUAUGGUAACCUCAGGUCAGGAUUUUGUAAUCCCCCGUUGUGUGCUGAAAUGAAAAGUGGAUCAUGUAACACUUGGGCAAGGUUAAGAUGUUGUGGGAGGGCUCUGCCUCUGCCUGGCAUCUGGUGGCCUCUCUUAACUUUAUUUGGUUUUUAUUUUUUAUUUUGAAGGGAUCUGCUUUUGAUGGAUGCAACAAAUUCCUAAUCUUAAGGACAGAAUGUACCGUUUCGUUUUUUUUACUUAUAUCCUUGGAGCUUUUGAAAAGCACCUUCUGAACAUUGAAAGGGAAAUUUGAAAAGUGUACGGGUAAAGUUUGGCACUGAAGCGAAAACUUGUUAAUUCUUGUGUCUGGGGUUGUAAGGUUGACAAUAUACUGUUAAAAUCUUGCAAGGAACAAUGCUUCUACGGAACUUAUUUAUGGAUCCUGGAGAUGGAUUUUUUUUUCCGGGUGGGGGGGCAGGAGGACUUGUACACAAGGGAGAUUCUGAAAGAUCUCUAUAGAGAAACAGGUGGGGGUGGUUUCAACAGGGCUUCUGCACAAGUCUACAUAGGGGCCACUGGUGCUAAGCCCAAUAUGCGGAACAGAAUUUGUUAAUUUCAGUUCCAAAGGCCUCCAACUCAAAUACUGAUAGGAAGGCUGACCUGGAAUUAUUGUCCCAGAUGGGUGAGAAUCAUGGACACCAAAGUGAUCCUGUGUGAUUGUAGCUGCAAUUGAAGUUAAGGAGUCCUCAGCUCAGGAUAAGUGAACUUCAUAUGUAUUCAUCUGUCUGUGUGUGUACAUAUGUAAUUGUGUAUGCACAAAGAAGUAUAAUGUGGUCCUGAUCUUAGGCAGUAUUCCUUAUGCAUGUCAGUUUCUGUAUGGCUAAACAUUAUGAGAUUUUUUAAAAAAGAAAAAGCCCUUUGGUUUUUGUAGAACUGAAGUCAGUCUACAGAUAAAUGUUUUCUCUUGUAUUUUCACACUGAACCAUUAAAAGAAAAUGGGAUAC